CGGUGAGGGAGGGGGUGGGAAUGAUGUAAGCGGUGAGGACACCGACCACCAUCCCGCUCACCUCGGCACGGUGCGCACGAACUGGGAGCCGCCCGACCCGGCGCUUGCACGAGUCACGUCCGCGCGCCGCGAUGGCGGAGAGCGAGGUGGAGACGCCCAGCACCCCGAGCGAGCUGCUCGAGAACCGCUACUUCGAGUUCAACAAUGUGAGGCUGCCGCCCUUCUGCCGCGGCAUCAUGGACGAGAUCCUGGCGUUCCCCGUGCGCGAGGACGACAUUUGGGUCGUCACCUACCCCAAGUCGGGCACGAGUCUGCUGCAGGAGGUGGUGUUCCUGGUGAGCCACGGCACCGACGUGGACGAGAGCGCCCUCAUGAACAUCGACGAUCACAUCCCCGUGCUCGAGUACCCGCAGCCUGGCCUGGACGCAGUAAAGGUGCUGCCAUCUCCCCGCAUCAUCAAGAGCCACCUCCCCUAUCAGUUCCUGCCCAAGGAGCUGCAGGACGGGAAGGCCCGGCUCGUGUACAUGGCCAGGAACCCCAAGGACCUGGUGGUCUCCUACUACCAGUUCCACCGCUCGCUGCGCUCCAUGAGCUACCGGGGUACCUUCCAGGACUUCUGCCGCCGUUUCAUCUACGACAAACUGGGCUAUGGAUCGUGGUUCGAGCACGUGCAGGACUUCUGGGCACACCGCAAUGAUGAAAACAUCCUCUUCGUGAAAUACGAGGAUCUGCACAUGGACCUGCCCAGGGUCCUCGGGAGGCUCUCCUCCUUCCUGGGCGUCUCCUAUGAGCGAGCGCACCUGGAGGGCAUGGUCGCCUACUGCCAGCAAAUCAUCGACCACUGCUGCAACACCGACGCACUGCCCAUCAGCCGAGUUGGAAGCCUGCAGCAAGGCCGCGUGGGUCUCUGGAAGGACAUCUUCACCGUCUCCAUGAACGAACGCUUCGACAGCGUCUACCGCCAGAAGCUGGGCAAGUCGGACCUCACCUUCGACUUCCAGGUGUAGAGUUGGCCGAGCGUUGCCACCGCCAGCUGCGUCGCGGCCUCCAGAUGGGCCACGCUCGUACCCACCGCUACUCUCAGACCAUCUCCAGGCUACUUUACGACGCGUGUAUUAACGACGAUAAUAAUUGGGCACAUUUGCUAUUUCGUGACGCUCUUUAAAGAGCAGGACGACUGUCAUGACAAAAGCGCUACGUUCCACAUAGUAGGGAGGCAGUGUUGCUAUGUGUAACCCAAAUUGAGAAAUGUUAGUAAUAAUUCAAAUUUGGACCGAUUUCUCAGUGGAAGUUUCAAAUGUAGUUGUUGUUUAACCAGGUGACAACUUACGAGAUUGGGAUACAGUAAUACCUCGGUUAACGAUGUAGAUGCGUUCCAUGAUGUCACUUCGUUAUCAGAAACUCGUUACCAGAGGUCAAUAUAACAUAGGAGGCAUAGGGAUGCAUUGCAGGACUUCAGAGAAGGGGGUGCAAUCGACACACAUUGCUGCACAGUCGCCUUUCACUUUGUCUGCUUGGUUUAUAAAAUGGUCUUUCAGGUGGACUGCGUCAACCCUCACCAACAUGCCCAUUCACUUUUUAUCUCUCCUUCCUCUACCCUCCUUAUACCCUGCAUUUUCGUUUCCAAAGAAAUUGAUUUCCACGCUGCACUUCUUGCCCAGUAAGGCCACUAGCACGAGAUGUUCGUUGUUUGGAUGACAUAAUGGGGUUAGUAAAAAUCACUUUAAAACUGUAAAAACCACGAUAACGUUUCACCAACGCGAGGAGCUUGAGCAAUGGCAGAGGGAAGAGUGGGAAGCGCGCCGCUGAUUGGCUGCUGAUCAUGUACAGGACAUAAACCCCACUCGGUUGCGUCUACAGGACACACGUAGCAUUUAAAAGUGUCCUUUGUUGCAAGGCCUGUUGCAAGGCCUGCAGGCCAAUGGUGGCCCCUGGUGGCGUUUAGUGCGGCCCCCAACGUGGGGCCCCCGACAAUACACAAAUCUGAGAACACCCCCAUCAUCGUGCUGCCAAACCCAAUGUGUGGCGGCCCUCACACUGGUAUCUUAUCGGCGAAAGUGGCCCCCCUCUGUAAAUUUUUGAAGAAUACGGAUUUAAAGCGUCACUCUUUAAAAUGUAUUUGCAUCAUUUCUGAAUAUAUUUUUAUUUUUCUAUUAUUUUUUGGCAAAAAUAGGCGGGUCGAAGGAACCCCCGGCCGACUUCGUUCCCAGAGGAUUCGUUAACCGAGGUAUUACUGAGCCUAAUUUGCAACAGUGACAUGCGGCAUUAGUCUGCCAAUAGGAGGUGAUGAUUGCUGGUGUGUAAGUCCCAGUUUAGUAAUUUGCGGUGUCAUUCUCGCAUUUGGCAAAAUUUUGAUCCGGACAACAGCACAUGAUGGCCGAGUGUCGCAAAUAACGUCACGGUAAUGGCUUUUUCAUAGCACCAUUUAUGAAGGGCCAUUGCCCAAAACGUCACAUUAUAUUUCUUCUUUAUUGUUAUUUGUUCUUAUGCAUCACCGCCAGGUAAUGUGUUUAACCGUUUGCGCAGCGGGUGUCGCAGCCUUUCCCCAAAUGGCACUGUACGAGUCAGAAUCUGCAAGCUCUCUGGAUGACAGUUUACCAGCGUGUCGUGGCAAAUGUGGAACUGUCGAAUCGUGAUUCCCGUUUGUGUAGCUCGAGAACGGAUGCCUUCAAAGAUUUAGAGGUAAACCAAGGAGAUGGAUGAUCAAGAGAACCAUGUUACAGGAUCACGCCAGUUUCCCAGUUAACAUGGAACUUUGGGCCAACCACAUGGCAUCGUUGGGCCAACCACAUGGCAUCGUUGGGCCAAACACAUGCCAAUGUUGGCCCAACGUUGCAUGUGUACUGGGCUCUUAUCCUUUACAACUUUAAUAGGACUUUUUGCCAGCCGCUUAGUGUUUUGGGCCUGUGGUGCCGAGCUCGGCAACAGUAAAGACAAGCGUAUAUAGGCGGUCCCCGCUUUCACGAUGUCACAAUGCGCUCCUGGUAACCCUGUCGUAAAUCUAACCACUAUUUUCCCAUAGAUGGUAACCAGUAGAAACACCACGUGCCGAUUUGUUUUUAAUUUUAUCGGCCAUAAUUAACAGGGUUCAACAGGUAAACAUCCACAAAAACACUUGAAACCAGACUAUGUUCAAAUAUGUUUGAAGUCGUGUCGGAAGAUGAAUCGUAAAUCAAGUUUCUGUGUCGUAAAUCAAUGGUGGCAUUAUAUAAACGUAAAUGUGGACCAUCGUACAUCGAAGACCACAUAUAUUUGCUCUGGGAAAUGUAGUAACACAGUCCAGGGCAACGUUCCAAAUCUCAGACACCACAACUCAACACCAUCGCACACCUACACGUACAUUCGUUAGCACCGGUGAUCGGGACCUCUUAUAUUGUUUGCCUGGCAAGAAAGGUUUACCAUUUAUGCAAAACAAAGAGACUGAUUUAUAAAACAAAUAUCACAGCUUCAAGUGAAAUUAUAAUUAUUGAGCGUCAAUGAAGGAGAACAGAAGUUCUGUAGUGUCGUAGACCCGUUGAGACACACGAUACAUUACCUCCUGCAAGGGCGACCAGCAGUACUUUUUGGCGGGAACAUGUACUGCGACCCACCAGUGGAUUACUAGAGAUUCUGUUGUGGGUCUCGUGAUAGAUCAGAACAAACACCGACAUCGUAAGCGCACAACAGUUUCCGCUGCAUCCGACGGCAAGUAAAAAUUCCCCGAUACAAAUCCAUACGUUCAAAGUAUGAUAACUUGCACCAACGCAUGGUGCUCCUCCUUGCUACAUCUGUCGUAUAUCACAGGGUUAAAUCCACCCGGGUAAUGUUAUUCGUCGUAGCUUUCUGGUGGUGGUGGAUCGUCGUGGAGGAGCAAUUUGAGAUUCACCGGAACGGAUCGUCACAGUGCUUUGUGCAUUGGUCACCGCUGCUUUAAGGCGCUGCUGGACCGCCUGCGGGAAAUGUUGAUGUUGAACUGCAGCAGCCUGCAGAAGCUAGCUACACUCAGCUAACAGACACCAAAGUACAAACCUCGAAAUAAUGCAUUGCUUUCCCCUGCCUGAACAAUUAGUGUUCUGUCCAGAAUGCAUUUCCCCCCAAUUAUGGCUUGCUAAACUGGAUGUGUGUGCCGUGCAGUAAUCUAGCUAUCAGCUCAAGCCUCCCAUAAACGACGUGACGUGUGUGGUCAGCCCCACUCUGAACCUCUCCCCACCGCUUGCUGUGAGAACAGAUGCCACUCCUCCUUCAUGCAGCAGCGGCGGCGAGACCCUGAUGUGGCCUCCUCCUCCUCCCAUCUCUCCUGAACCCUUGGCUCCCGUUUCUUCGAUCCUUUUUCUCUCAAUCCCAUUCCUUCUCCGCUCUUUUCCUUUUUUCCAUCGAUUUAUUUUCCCAUGCAUUCUAUCCUUGACUCUCAUCCAAUUCCCGUGCUGCGUGCCACGGGUUAUAAAGUAUUGUGCAGUGGGUAAUUACGUCAAACGUAAAGCUGGAGUUUUGUCUUUUGAGAUCUUUGCUUUCCACGUGUGCCCUCUUUGCCGACAGGUGCUGUAUUUACUUCCUGUGACUCAAAGUGUUGUGAGGAAUUCUUCGACAAACUGCGGUGCAUAUUGCCGUGGUCACGUAGAGCUGUUCGCAAAUGGUAUACGUGUACAGUGUAUGUAUAUAAAGUAUAUCAACCUAUAUUCAACGCGAGCGGGCUCUGGUGACCAAUAGGAUUCACACAAAUCGAUUUUUGGGUAAGAUCGUCGCGCGAGUUAAAAUUCCAAAGCAUCUUGGUUGGCAGAGGGCGUACGACACAGUCAGCGUUUUACUCACGCUAUCUCGCCCGAAACGAAAUUACGAAUGAGCUUAUAUUUGAUUAGCAAAUUCCAUCGCGCUUGUUUUAACAGGUCGCCAAAUUUUUAUUUAAAAGUUCUGUAGGUUCUGACAUAUCAAUGGUGGUCGAAAUGUAAUUAUGUAGGUGUCAGGAAUGACACUCAAGCGUUCUGCGACAGCUCCUGACCACCGCCGUUUCCUCUCCGCGUAAACAUCGUGGUACAGGAAUCGGAACCGUUCUGAAUAGUGCUAGUGACAUAUAUGCGCUUGGUCUUGAGAGAAGUGGCGGUAUGGUGUACCGGCGUACACCAUACCGCCACUGCAUUAUCAACAGUUUUUUUUGUUAUAUAAUUACUGCCGAUAACUAAUGGGCCUUGGCUAUGCCAUACAUUAGUGCGAUGAGGUUUUUUUUAAUAUAUAAUUUUUAUUAAAACUCAACGCGAGCCCGGUACAAAGCGCUCACAGAACGGAGGGAGAACAAAAAUUCCACGAACAACAGCAACCCGAAUUGGGGCCGAGUAAAGGGGGAGAAUUGGGUUCACUGCCCCACCCAGGUGGGCACCACGAGCAAGGGCAUGAACGUUUAUAUGGCAGUGCGAUUAUGUUUUUAACCAACGCUGGUGAGGUGUGCUUCUUCAAUGUUUUGAAAGUCGUGCUGUUCAGGUGAGACAUUAACUGCGAACGGGAACACGAGUGCGCUGCAAUCAUGGCCGAGACAAAGUGCUUUAAAAUUGUGGGCACACUCUUCAGCGCCCCCCAUGCGGUUGCCUGGCCUGCAGGAGUUUAGUUGCAUAGGCUGGACCAUGUAUAGUGGCGGGUACCACCCGCCUCUAGCCCACAAGUCUAAACAGAUACAAAAUUAGCUGCAGCUCAAACUGUCGGAAAUUUAACGCCUUAUCCAAAGUCCGAUAAGUUUCCUAGGUUUACAAAUCGUUUACUAGUAAUUUUCAAACUGACGAGGUUUUUUUCCCCAGAGUCCGCUGCUGAUCAGUGUAGUAACUGUAGGAGUUAAAGGUAGAGACCCGGAAAAUAUGCAACGUUGGGCCAAUGUUGGCAUAUGUUUGGAACCAUCAGACCAACGCUGCCCUAAUGUUGACCCAACGUUUCAUGUUUACUUGGGGAUGAGGAGUGCCCAAUGAGCUUCAAAAUUCAGCUUCCCGAGACUCAAUAUAUCGUGAAAGUGCACUUGUAUGUAAAGGCGAAAGCUCUGUGGCUUCUGUAAGAUUUUGUUGAAACUAUGAAAACCUCAUAAACAAAAAAAGGCUA